CGCAAAAUCAGGACUCCUGGGUCCACUGGGGAUGAAGUGAAAUUUAGUAGGUUAUGGGAAGGGGAGGGCAGAGAGAACUCACGGAGUUUGAGAUGCUCUGGGAAGGGAGCUGGAGUUUGUUACAGAGAGAGGAGAGAAAACACUGCCUAGGUGGCUCUUUCUGGAGGAAAUCAUUAUGUGCAGUGGGCCAAAAUGGGGCGCGCGGGGGGGGGGGGAAGACCCUCAGAGAGAGGGGGUCAGUUUACAAUAAAGAUGAAAGCUGGGAGAACUCCUGGGUUUUCUGAAAGCCAGGCAGGUUGAGUGCUCUAACAGACCGUUAAAUGAAAAGUGGACAAGGGUUGCCAACUGUUUAUUCCUGGCAGAGUGCCUGUAGUUUUAGCUGCUGCACAACAAGCAAAAAUGCAGCCAGUUUAUUCAAAUGCAUCGCCACAAAAAAGUGGGGUGGGGAGAGCAGUAGCAGCAGCAGCAGCACCUGUUGAAUUGCUCCAUAUUCUGCAGCUAUUAAAGGUAAGGGAGUCCAGUAAAGAGGAACGGGGAAUGGCUGCAGGGAGUAAGUUUUCUUUUAGGGGAAUGGAUGUAGGAAGUAGCCUCAGAGGAGCAGAGACGUAACUAGAUGUGAACUUUGUUGUUGUUUAGUCGUGUCCGACUCUUCGUGACCCCAUGGACCAGAGCACGCCAGGCACUCCUGUCUUCCACUGCCUCCUGCGGUUUGGUCAAACUCAUGUUAGUAGCUUCGAGAAUCUCGUCCUCUGUUGUCCCCUUCUCCUUGCACCCUCCAUCUUUCCCAACAUCAGGGUCUUUUCCAGGGAGUCUUCUCUUCUCAUGAGGUGGCCAAAGUAUUGGAGCCUCAGCUUCAGGAUCUGUCCUUCCAGUGAGCACUCAGGGCUGAUUUCCUUCAGAAUGGAGAGGUUUGAUCUUCUUGCAGUCCAUGGGACUCUCAAGAGUCUCCUCCAGCACCACAGUUCAAAAGCAUCAAUUCUUCGGCGAUCAGCCUUCUUUAUGGUCCAGCUCUCACUUCCAUACAUCACUACUGGGGAAACCAUAGUUUUAACUAUACGGACCUUUGUCGGCAAGGUGAUGUCUCUGCUUUUUAAGAUGCUGUCUAGGUUUGUCAUCGCUUUUCUCCCAAGAAGCAGGCGUCUUUUAAUUUCGUGACUGCUGUCACCAGCUGCAGUGAUCAUGGAGCCCAAUAAAGUAAAAUCUCUCACUGCCUUCACAUUCUGGGGGGGGGGGUUACCCUUGAUUUAGUCUUUGUUUGGUUACUUAGCACCUGAGGGCUCUCUGCUGAAUGUGUGAAUGCUCUCCAUGGUUUAGCAUUAGGGACAUGAGCCCAGCCUCCUUGCCCCACUUUGUGCACAUUCCCCUGUUCCUCCGGUGUGGAGAUCAGAAGCUUCCCCCUUCCGCUUUAGUGUAACCAUAGUGCAGUGUGCCAUUUGAACUGUAAACUAUGGUUCAGGGGAAACAUGAUCACCGUCUUCAACUAAGGGUUGUCAUGCAGAAGAUAGAGCAGACUUGCUUUUUGUUUCUCUGAAGAGCAGAACUUAAAUCCAAUGAGGAGAAUUUGUAGGGAAGUGGAUUUCAGAUGAAAGUAGAAUUGUUGUUUUUUAGUUUAGAGAAAGGACCAGUAAGAGGCAACAUGAUAGAAGUGUAUAAAAUUAUGUGUGGCAUGAGGAAUGAAUGAAUGAAUGAUAAACAAAUUAAAACAUGACCCAGAUGGGAAACGAGCCCUCAGGCAGUAAAAAGGAUUCUCACUCACCCAGACUUAGGUGAAGUCAGGAUUCCUGGUUCACCAGUAACGUUUUCCAGAUAAGGAGUGGAAAUUCAGAACUUCUUAGUUCUUUAGAAGGGGAGAGCACUAUAGGAGGUUUGGGGGCUAGGCUGCAGGUGGGGGUCAGGGCACCAAGCCUUCUUUACAAGACAGAUGCAUUGUACAUGCAUUGCCUUUCACGGCCAAGAAGAACAACUGAGAACACACACACACACACACACAAUUAUUUUUCAAUGAUUAAGAAGGAAGUGGUGUGAGGAUAGGAGCUGGCUGUGGUGGAGACAUGUGGUCACAUAUGUCUGGGUUAGUCUUUUAUUUCUAUGAGGCAAAGGAGAGCUGCCUAUCAAAAUAUGUGGCCUUGGUUUUGCUCUGCUUCCUCCCUCUAGCCUUCCCUCCACAAAGAACAAAGUCUCCUUUUGUGUGUCUUUCAGUGAGUGGCCUGGAUUUCCGCCCCUCUGCAGAGAUCAUGCUACCAGGAGUCAGUAAAGCAGGUUCUGCUGCUGGGGAUCUGGGCCUGUGAAAGGAGAAGCAACAGGUGAGUGUUUUCUCCUCCUAUUGAAAAUGCAAAGGGUUGAUCAAAUAGAGAAGCCUUCGCAAACAGCUGUCUCCCCUUCCCUUCCUUUGACUAUCAUCCCAGACCCUCCAAGUGUCCCUAUUUUCCAGGGAUGCUCCCGGAUUUACAAAGCCAUCCCAGUUUCUGAUUUGAUCCUGGAAUGUCCUAAGCUUUUCCUUAGGACAUCCCUAUUUUUAUCAGACAAAUGUUGGAGAUAUGGUUAUGCAAUCCCUGAGCCAAGGAGAUAAGUAACUAUACAACAUUUAGAAGACAUCUGAAGGUAGCCCUGUAGGAAUUUUAAAAAUGUUUAAUGUUUUGUUAUGUUUUUUAUAUAUGUUGGAAGCCACCCAGAGUGGCUGGGGCAACCGAGUCAGAUGGGCAGGGUAUAAAUACUAUAUCAUAAUCAUCACCAGCAUCAUUAUGGAAUAGGAUGUCCUUAUUUUUGUCAGAGAAAUGUUGGAGGGUAUGUGAUCCCAACUGUUGAAAGCUCAGAGUUGAUCUUCCUUGCUGCUCCCACUCCCUGCUCCUGAGUCAGUUUAAAAUGGACUUAGCUUUUGGGUCAAGCUCAGUUUAGGUUAUUAAAUGCAACAUAUAAAUGGGAAUGUUAAGCCCAAGCCUCAGUCCAAGUUAAAAAGUUCAGCUUUCAGCUCAGUUAGUUCAGCGGGGGCACUGUCAGACUAAUGCUGUUUUCCGGCAGGAUUCAGUGGCAUCCUGGCAAAUUCAGCUUGCAAUUCACCACCAGAGUUGCUUUGGAGCUCCUGGGCAACAACCCUCUCCCAACCCAGUAAUUUUGCAGUAAGGAAAGUGAUGGGGAAAUGUGGGAGAACAUUUGCUUGGCACACUGCGCAUGUCCAAAGAACAGUUCCCACAGAAAGUGUCCUUGCAUAGACAAAAUAAUCUCAGCCUUCUGCUGCUUCUUGAAACUUCUUCUCUGUUCUUCUCUGUUUCUGGAACAAAUGAUUCUCUCACACAGAGAGAAUAUCCAACACUUCCUUCUACCACAGGGAAAUAUUUGGGGUCAUUUAGGAGAGUCAAAAUUGCUUCAGGAUUUCUUGCCUGCACCAUUUCAGAAUAUGGUCUAUGUACCUGUGCAUUUGCACCCACCCUGUGUAUUUGUGAACAUUUAUUUUUGAUACCUUAAACCAGGCCUAGGCACACUUGGCCCUCCAGAUGUUUUGGGACUACAACUCCCAUGAUCCCUAGCUAACAGGACCAGUGGUCAGGGAUGAUGGGAGUUGUAGUCCCAAAACAUCUGGAGGGCCGAGUUUGCCUAUGCCUGGGUUAGAGCUUCGACUUUUGCAGGAUUGUUAGGCCUCUGGCACAGGUCAGCAGACCCCGAGGCCUGCGUGCUCCUUUUUGCCCCUCUUUCCUCCUCCUCAGCAAGUGUGGCAACUCUGCACCAGCCAGGAGCCCUCCCCCUGCCAGUAAACAAGUGGGAACCCCAGCUGAUGAAGCCGCAAGGUGUUAGAGCAUCAGCUUUUCAUGCAGGAGGUCCCAGCUUCAAUCCCCAGCAACUGCAUGUGGUGGAUUUAAGGACUCCUGCCUGAAACCCUGGAGAGCCACUGCCAGCCAGUGUAGACAGUACUAUGCUAGAUGGACCCAUGGUCUGGUUUGGUGCAAGGCUGCUCCAUGUGUUCCUAACCAGCACUGUCCAGUUCUGUGGGCAUUUGAGGCUCAUGAGGCGUCUUUUGCCUGCAGGAUCUUGGCCAGCUCCCUAUACAGUGGUACCUUGGUUCUCAAACGCCUUGGUACUCAAACAACCUGGAACCCAAACACUGCAAACUCGGAAGUAAGUGUUCCAGUUUGUGAACAUUUUUCGGAAGCUGAAUGUGCUCCGUUUUGAGUGUUACACUUCUGCCACACUUUUGUUUUGAGUGUUACGCUGAGGUCUGUUUGUUUUUGCUAUUUAUUUUGCGUUUCUGUUUUUGUGGCUUUUUUGUGACUGUGUGGAACCCAGUUCAGCUACUGAUUGAUUGAUUGAUUGAUUGAUUGAUUGAUUGAUGUGUGACUGCAGUACAUUGUUUAUUGCUUUCAUUUUAUGGAUCAAUGGGCUUGUUAGAUAGUAAAAUUCAUGAUAAAUUGCUGUUUUAGGGGUUGUUUUUAAAAGUCUGGAAUGGAUUAACCCAUUUUGCAUUACUUCCUAUGGGAAAGCGUGCCUUGGUUUUAGAACGUUUUGGUUCUGGAACAGACUUCCGGAACAGAUUAAGUUUGAGAACCAAGGUACCACUGUAAAAUGAACCAACAGAGAUGUUGCCCCUGCAGAUAGCUGGAGGCAACUGAAGCCCCCUAUAGGCUGACCAGACCUGGGUGAUGGUAGGCUCCGCCUCCCUGGCUGGUUAAAGGGCCCUCGUCUCAUUUCUGUGGUUUCUUUGAAGAUGGGGAGGUAGCGGUACUGCAGAGAACUCCCUCCCUGAGUCAGGGGAUGCUGGCAGGGGAUACUGACAGUCCCCUCUCCUGCUCCCUGGAAUAAUCUGACCCUCACCCACCAUCAGAAUCCUCUGCUGUACAUGGUACCCGAGUUGUGGGUCACAAUACCCACUUUGUUGACUUUAUGAAUCACAAGUUUCCCAAGUAAAACAACUCAAUAAACAAUAAAGGGCUGUAGGGGCUUACACGCUCUGACCUUUAGGCCAGAUUCACACAGAAAGCCAGUAUGGUGUAAUGAUUAAGAGUGUGAAACUAGGACCUGGGAGACCAGGGUUCGAAUCUUGACCUACCUCACAGGAUUGUUGUGAGGAUAAAAUGGAGAGGGGGUGGACCAUGUAAGCCACCAGCUUGGAGAAAAAGUCAGGAUAUAGAAUCAUAGAUUAGUAGAGUUGGAAGGGACCGCAAGGGUCAUCUAGUCCAACCCCCUGCAAUGCAGGAAUAUUCUGCCCAACAUGAGGCUUGAACCCAUGACUUUGAGAUUAAGAGCCUCAUGUUCCACCAACUGAGCUAGCCAGAGGGGUAAAUGUGGGGGCAUGGAACCAGGGUUUGACUCUGCCCGGAUAAAUUGCUUCAUGUUUUCCAGUAACUGUUUUCCCGAGCACAGGAAGACCAGAAAAAAACAAAACCUCAAAGCAGUAAAAAACAGUAGGGGAAAUAUUAACAAUAUUAAAAUGAGCGAGGAACUGAAAUCAGAUUAAAGCAUGCAAUCAUGAAAUAAAUAAAUGCAACAAUUAAAUAAAUGCACGUUUGCGUUUUCUUCUUUUCAACUUCUUCCCCGCAAUCCCAAGACCAUGGCCAGGCGGGUUGCACACUCCAUAGAGUAUGGUGGAAUAACCCUCCCCGCUCUGGUGCACAGUGAAGACAGCGUUCGGUAUGCCCAUCGGAGCUUCCAGGUGCAAGACAGCGACGUCUUCAACAUCACGUAUCCAAAAUCUGGUGAGCCAUUUGAAAGCACACACAACGCAAUACAACAACGCAACACAACACCCCACCCCUGGGCUCUCACCUGCCCAGAGUUUCUGGACUGACAAACUCUAUCCACUCAUUUUUGUCUACCCCACUCUUUCUAUUUGAAUCUAGAAGAUACUCAGAUCCCAGCUGAUGCUCUUCUACAGGAAAACAGCCUGUUACGGCUGUUUCUUACUCUGAACAGCUGCGGGACAGGCAGAAAUUAAACAGGUCAGCUUUUCAAAAAGCAGCACCCGUUGAGCUGUGCUGCGUCUCAAGCUGUUACGGGGACAGGAGAGGUGAUGCUAACUAACCUAGAUAGCUCUUUUUUAUUUCAAAAUCCCAUCUGCAGAUGCCCUCUGGACUCCCUUGGGGAGAAGCCAAGAGGGUGCUCAUCUCUCGUCCUUUCCCAGGAACAACUUGGAUGAAGGAAAUCCUCACUUUGAUCCACAGCAAUGGGGACCCCACUCGCUCACGGUCACUACCCUGCUGGGAACGGGUGCCCUGGAUCGAACAGAUCACAGCAGUGAAAUACCUGGAGAACCAAACGUGCCCCCGCCUCAUAACCUCUCACUUACCCGCAGCAAUCUUUCCAGAAUCGUUCUUCACCUCACAGGCUAAGGUGAGUCUAGGACCUUCUUGGGUACUAAGGUACAGAGGAGGAGGCUCUCUUGGUCACCCCAGUUUCCUCGGAAGCUCAGAGGGUCGAGUUGGGUGGCAAUGCUUCUAUCCUUCCACUUAGUGUAUAUGUGGGGUUUUGUGUCAGCGUCACUUGUGUGGGUUCUCUGACUAUUCACUUGUUGUAUUUACUUGGUGGUGAGAGAGGUUGGGGUGGCCUAAGGUGUGGUUGGUUGUCUUUGGCUGGCUGUGGUGAGAUUUGUUUUUGUGUGUGAGUGGUGUGUGUGUGUGUGUGUGUGUGUGUGUGUGUGUGUUUGGAUCAGCUUAGCCAGAUUGAUUCAUAUGCCGUCGCCGGAUUCUUGUCGUUGUCUUGUUGGGCUGUGUAUGUGACAAAGAGGAGCCAUACCGGGUUGAAGGUGUCUUCUUCUACUUGUCCCCAUGUCAGUUUCAGUUUAUUGGUUAGUUUUUUUAAUAAGGUUGUUAUCAUUCCUCCCUCCCCUUCUUUCCCCCUCUUUUCUUCCUAACCCAACACUGUAUGUAACACUAAUGUCUCACAACAAAUGAAACUGAUCUGUAGAAAACACAACUUGAAAAACGAGACAAUGCAUGUAUUUUUUGUAAACUAAGAAAUCUUUAAUAAAAAUAUAUUUUUUAAAAGAAGAAGCUCAGAAGGUGGUGGCCAGGGAGACCUCCUAAGUUAUGCUUUACCCUGCCCUUUGACACCUGAGAUGUAUGCUUUAGUACUCACCUGAUUUCCAUUAUUGUAAGUUGUUUCAAACUGUUUUUAAUAUGGUGUUUUUCAUUGUUGUAACCUGCCCUGGAACAUUAGGGUAAAGAAUGGAUUGCAGUGGUACCUCUGGUUGCGAACGGGAUCCGUUCCAGAGCCCCAUUCGCGACCCGCGUCUGUGUAUCUGCGCACGCGCGGGUUGCAAUUCGCCGCUUCUGCGCAUGCUUGUGACAUCAUUUUGCGCGUCUGCGCAUGCGCGAGUGGCGAAACCCAGAAGUAACCCUUUCUGGUACUUCUGGGUCGCUGCAGGACGCAACCUGAAAAAACGUAUCAUGAAGCAAACGUAAUAAGAGUUAUGACCGUAUUAUUAUUAUUAUUAUUAUUAUUAUUAUUAUUAUUAUUAUUGGAAGGGGCAUGGUACCAUUGUCAAUGCUAGGGAACCAAUCAGUGCAUGGGGUGGAACUGAGAUCUUUUGAUGAAGGGCAGUAUAUAAAUCUAAUCAUCAUCAUCAUCACAGAGACUAUUGAGUUACCCUAAUCGACAGAAGAGCGCCAAAGAGGUAGUUUCUUCGUGACCCUCUGGGAAGGGAGGUAUUUUCUUCGCUGCCAGCCUCCCUAGGAGAGACCCUGCCUCAUGGCAUGAGGAAGAGCCAUUGGCAGUUAUUCCAAUGCCUGACAAACCUUUCUUUUCCAGGCCAUUUACACCGUCCGCGACCCCAAGGACGUCUGUGUCUCGCUCUUUUAUUAUACCAAGAUGGCUUCAUUUCUGGAGCACGAGGAGGAUUUUGGGGAAUUCAUCAGGAAGUUUGUUUCAGGGGAAGGUACAUGAGCGUGUGGGUUUUCUGGGAAGGGCAGUGGGACCUGACAUUUGGUAGGAGGUGUCAGGGGUCACAAGCGGCAUAGCCUGGGUCCCCGCUGGGGCUGCUUGGUCGAAAGGCUGGGAGGCUGACAGCAGGUGGCGCUAGCAGCAAUAGCAGGCAGAGCCAGAGCCAACAAUAGCUAUAUCAAGUUAAUUCUGGUUUUGUCCCCACCCUCCUCUCUGUUGAAACCAACAAAGGCACCUCUGAGACUAAGGAAGAGGUUGUCAGCCAGUUUCACCUCCUGGACUGGUUGUUAAUAAGGAGGCAGGUGGAAGGGGGCUGGCUGAGGGCAGGCUGGACCCACACAUUGUCCCUAUGCUGUGGCCUUUGGCUUUGUUCAAUCUCACAUGGCAAUCCUGCCAAUAGUCUUGAUUUCCUAGUAAUUCGCAUUGCUCACCUACAAAGGAAGUGAAAGAUGCAAUCCGUACGUCUGAUUGAUCUGUUGUCAGUUCCAACCUGUCAAACCCGCUUAACCUGGAACCAAUUAAAUGAAGGGUGGCAAUGGUGGGUGUGGCCACAAGUGGCUGUGGUGUGAUCACACACACACACAGAUCCCUCACCCCCAAAAGCACAUAACUCCCCUCUGCAACUGAGUUAUGCAGGUUCUUAACAAUCUGCUGUUGGUUAAAAAUAGAUUCACUUAGAUCACCUUCCCCCAACCUGGUGUCUUCCAGAUGUUUUGGACUACAACUCCCAUUAGCCUCAGCCAGCAUGGCCAACACUCAGGGGUGAUGGGUGUUGUAGUCAAAACAACCAGAUGGAGAAGGAUGAAUUAGUAGCUUUCAAUCUCUCUCAUUCACUUAUUUCCAUAUAUGCCUGAAUCUUCGUUUGAAACUGUGGCUCCUGGUGGACAAUAUUGUAGACAGCAAAAGAACAAUCCUAUGAAAGUUUCCUCAUAAGUCUCAAAGAAAUUGAUAGUGAUUGCUUCCAAGUGACUGUGUGUAGGAUUGCAUCUUUUUAAAUUUAACCUUCAUUUUUUUCAUGCUGCUGCUCUUUAAAACCACAAAACAAAUCCCCUCUCUGUUUCUCUUUAGUUCUCUUUGGCUCCUGGUUUGAUCAUGUCAAGAGCUGGCUGGCCUACAAAGACCAGGCAAACUUUCUCCUUCUGACCUAUGAUGAAUUGCUGAAGGUGACGUAUUAAGAAAAAAAAACAGGUUUCUUUGGUCUUCAACCCCUGGUCCUCUCUCAGGUCAGACCCAUAAGCCAUUCUAGGCUACUCGGAGGCCCUGGCAGUCUAGCUCCUUCCAACCCUUGCUAUCUCCCCUUCUCAGGAUUUACGGGGCAGCGUUCUCCGCAUCUGCCAGUUCCUGGGCAAGGACUUAGAUGUGCCUGCUGUUGACUCCGUGGUGGAGAAUGCCUCUUUUGAAGUUAUGAAGGGAAACAAGAUGGUGAACUAUAGCCUCGUCCCUGAGGAUAUUAUGAACCAAAAGAUCAGCCCCUUCCUCAGGAAAGGUAAAAAAAACCCUGAAAGCCGGGGAGGGGAAAUUCUUUGGUGGGACUACUUGCAAGUCAAUAUUUGAGGAGGUGGUACGUCUAGAGUAAAAGAUCCCUCCAGCUCUCUCAUAUUCCCCUAUGAACCUUUUUUUUUUUUUUUGCAGGGAUUUCUGGAGAUUGGAAAAAUCAUUUCACUUCAGAGCAGAGUGCUGCAUUCCAUCAUCUCUACCAGGAGAAGAUGAAAGACGCAGGGAUCAGAUUUCCUUGGGAUGAACUCCAAACUGAAAUCCACCAGGAACCUUAAGGUUUCAGAGAGGGAAACGUUAGGCGCAGAAUUUCCCCUGUUCUAACGUCCUUAUAUACCAGCCUUUGUUAUGAGAACCAGCUUACUCUUUUUAACACAAAAGCUACCAUUCACUUCUCACAUAAUAUAGGAGUCUCAGCUAUCAGCACUACUGAGGAUUCCAGAGCAGGUUUAUGCUUUGAGCAAUGAACAGUAGGAGCUCUUCACUCUGAUAGAAAGCAGAGGGCUAGCUUGUACAACUGGAAGAAUUAAAGUUUUCUUGGAUUGUAUCAUAUCAAGCUGCAGUGGUGGUGGUGGUGAUGUUGUGUGUCUGAGUCAUCCCCCACAAAAUAAAAUGCUUCCUGCAUUUAGAAAGCUAGCCUUUCAGGGACAAAGGGUCAGACCUUUCCUUUUCCCCCUCACAUUCUAGAUUUUGUUCCCCAGGCAAGGAGUUCUCUUGUGUUCUUUUGCUGCUGUGUCACAAUAAUCCUGUGCCUCUCUUUACUACAAAAGAACAUUUGUUUUUGCCAGUUUUGUCUGCCUUUCCUCUUGCAGGUGUCUUUUGCUUUAUUUGCAGUCGCGACCGGUUAUAAAAUUUUGCCUCCCCAAUAAUAAAGCAGCAAUAGCUCUCCCGACUGUCCACUAGAUGGUGCAGUUGUUUUAAACAAGGACAAUGUGGCACUAUGAGCUCAUCUGCACUGCCUCAAAGCUCGCCUUGUACCAUAGGUUGCUCCCUCCUUCAUUUUUUGACAGGAAGCGCAUGUUUCUACUGUCCAGGUGACACAUCUGCUGACCUGAAGCAAGAAACUACUUUUCCACUAACCAAUAGCAAUGUAAAAAGGCUUCCUAAAUCAAGUACAUGCCGCUGUGCUGUGUUUGCCCUAUCAUGGUUUUUAGGUUAUCCCAUUCUCCUCCUCUGCCGCUGCCACCAAACCUCAACACUCCUUGCCUCGUAUAUCUUUAAUUGCUGCUGCUUCAAAUUUCCAGGCGAGUAUCUCUCUCUCCUUUCUGGCAGGCCUGACCUGGGAGGAAGUCCUUUUACACUCACUGGGGCCUGCUUCUUGAGACUGGGUUGUUAGCUGUGUUAGUCAGUAAGCAAAGCGCUAUCCUCUUUCCGCACUCCUUCAACUCGCAGAAAGCUCUGCUUAUUCUUUUUAGUCCUAUUGCUUCUUAGGCAGCAGCUCAGAGCAGGCACUCAAGCUGCUUUGCUAGCUAAGAGAGUCUGAGCCCGUGUGCUGCCAUUGCUGCAAUGUGGGUGUGGUGGCCUGUGUCUUCCCCAGCAUCCUGGGUGCCUGCAUGCAAGAGACAAGGUGGAAACAAGGAAGAGGCACAGGCAGGUAGGAGCAGAUUUGCCUAGGAGGAAGUCCCUUUGCCCUCCGAGGGGCUUGCUUCUGAAGAGGAGCGCCCAAGACUGAGUUCUUAGUUAAGUCCGCGAGGAACGUAGGCUGCAUUUCCCUUUAUUCAUUUGUAAUAUUACUAGUAGCUCCCAAAAGCACAAAGUUUAGCGUUUGCUUGCUUGUGCAUCACCGAGGGGGGCUGUUGCGAGGGAGAAACAGAUGCACACUCCUACCCUGCCACAAACGCAUGAUAUGCCUUUUCCCUGCCUGUGAGCAAGUUUCGCAAUCUGGCAAGAGCUUUGCCGCCAGAAAGCAAUAAGUAGAUCCACUGCUACAGCGCAUCAACAACACCCAACCCAAAACGUAUCUCCCUCCUCCUUUAGAGCAGCCGUCGACUCAGAGCAAACCACCUGGUAGACAUGACAGCAAGAUAGGGAUGCUGAUCUCCAAAACGCAUUGUGAAAAUGAAGUUCCUCAGCCCCUCCCCCCUCAAAGGGGUGGUACUUUCCCCUCUGCUGAUGGACAGACACGCAUGUCCGAUUUACCUGUUCAUUUGCAAGUCUGUUCCAUCCUCAUUACCACAUUAACCUGCAACUGAAAUAAAUAAACCAACCCCACACAAAAUACGUAUUUAAAUACACC